AUGGCCACCUCGGUCCUUCUCAAUACCAUACCCAUGGACCCUACGUUUGCGACCGCCGCAGCUUCGUACCACUCAUCUCCGGAUCACACAUGCCCGCAAUGCGGCUACCAUCUCUUCUCAUCCUCCGAGUCUCCUGCUGAAGCCACUGAAGCGAACCGACGCAUCCGCGAUCUCGAAGCGCAGGUACGGCUCCUCAACUCCAAGGCCGCCGCGGCGGUAGACAAACUGGCGGACUACGAGGACGAGAUCCAAUAUCUGCGUGAUGCAUACUCCAAAUCUCAGCAGCAGCAACAACAAGCAAGAUCAAAUCCGAGGCUGAGUAUUUCUCCGGGGGACGGGACAGGCUCGAUCACAACACCAGGGCAGACGCCACCGCAACAGCAGCAGUCGAGGCUGGCAAGCAUCAGUGCAUUCCUACCAGGACGGAAGAGGGAAGCGAAUAGUAGUCUCGGGGGACAGAAUCCUUUGACACCAGCGACAGGCACAUUUCCGCAGAACAACGCAGCUCUCAUCAGCAAUACCACACUGUCUCCGCCGAAAACGCCCUUCUUCGGAGUUGCAACGGUACCUAGUAAUUCUACACCGACCCUCUCGUCUUCCUCCACCAUAGACAACAACCAAUCUACUGUGAGCCUCUUGUCCUUGCAGUCGUCCCUCGAAGAAGAGCGCACCCUCCGCAUACGUGCCGAAUCCUCUUUGUCACAGACCCAAACCGAGUUGGAAGAGCUCACUGCACAAUUGUUUGGGCAGGCAAACGAGAUGGUCGCAAAUGAGAGGAAAGCCCGGGCGAAGUUAGAAGAGAGGGUUAAGGUGUUGGAACAGAGGGACGGCGAAAAGAGGAAGAGGCUAGAACGGUUGGAGAAGGCUGUGAGCCGGAUUGAGAGAGUUCGGGGCAUGGUAGGUGACUGA